AUGCUCAAGAAAGGGCCAGGCAACACUAGCGUCGAUAAAUGGCUCAGCCGCUGGCCGACCGUCGUCAGCAACGCGAAGCGUUACAAGAUCGAGAACCUUAGCGAGUCGCAGAUCUGUGAUGCAUUUAUCGAGGCAUCUCGUGAAAUCAACUCUCCAUUUUACAAUUACAUGAAGUCCAAGGAGGCUCAGGUUGAAAAUGAAAGGAGACUCAUCAAGGAAACUGCGAAGACUAUGGAGAGGAUCUCAAAUGCGCUCCUUACCGCGCUCAACGAGAUUAAUCCAGAUCAUGCCAGUAGCGCUUCCAUCACAGUCGCAACCUCAACUGAGUCUGAAGAGGACGACCCCGACGAAGAUGUCGACAUCACCAUUGUCCAGAAAGCUCAAAACACAGUCAAUAGAGCCAUUAAGACCUUUCGCAAGCUCAAUCCAAAUCUUUCCGAUCAGAAGAUCACGAUCGGAUUCUGUAUUAAACAGUUUAGGACAAUGGCACCGCCAAAGGAGAAAGCCACGAGAGGGCGAGCAGCUCAUGCCACUCUUCAGGGCAAAAAGCAUAACCACGAUUCAGACUCGCAGAACGAGGAGGAUCAGCCUCAACAGAAGAGACAGCGAGCAGAGCCUUCAUCGCCGAACACAAGUAUUCGAAAUUGCGUCUGUGGUAUGUCCCACAAAUAUGCCGAAUGCUACUACCUCAAUCCUUCAAAAGCACCGGAGGGAUGGGUACCAAUCGUUCAAGUACAGUCAAAAGUCAUUACCGCUCUCAAAGGCAGCAGGCGCAUUCGAACAAACAUCGAAAGGAGCUUCAAAAGAAGCAGCAUAGACUUGCCCCAAUUCUGGCCGUCUAGUACUAUGCAGGAUCAACCUAAAAGGCCUGCAGAAGACGACACAUCGCAUGUCUCUGCAAAGCAGGGUAAAUCAAGAGCUGCAUUUGCAACACACAAGUUCGCGUUCAGCACAAGCACAAAUGACGAGUAUCAAGAUUAUUUCCGACUCGAUAAUUGUGCAGAUACACACGUCUGUAACGACUUGUCUCGCUUUACUAAAUACAAGCCUCUGUAUGACGAGACCAUACAGUUCGGCAACUCAGGCACGUACAUAACAGGCACGGGCAGCCAACAAGGGCUUUACUUCAACACCAGAACUUGUUGGAUGGAGUAUUCUGAUGGAUCAAAUGCUUUUAAAGUAACCAAACACGGUGCUUUUCGAGUGGUCGAACCUCAUAUCAUGGCUUCGGUGUUCAAGGCCGAAUCUCAUGAAACUGCAGCGCAAUCCUUUGCAAUGGCUACCAAAUCUAGAAUGCCUCAAGUAGCCAUAGCUUCUAUGGAUAUUUGGCAUGCACGACUAGGCCACAUCAGAAAAGAAACCCUUAAACAUAUUCCUCAAGCAGUCCAUGGUGUCGCACUUGGCACUCGCAACUUUGAACGAGAAUCAGAACUCUGUCCUGAGUGUCAGCUCGGACAAGCGCGUCAGCAAAUCUCACGCGUACCAACAUGGAGGGGAACUUAUCCUUUCGAAAAAAUACAUCUUGAUCUUAUCGACUUAGAUGAAGCAUUCAACGCUGACUCUUGGGUCGCUCACUUCUACUGCGAUUAUUCUGCCUACCAUGUACCAUUCAAUCUUCCAAAUAAAACUCAAGAAGAGAUCCUUUCCGUGACACAGGAGUUCCUUGCCAUCACAAAUGACAACUGGGGAUUCACUACGCGAUAUAUACAAUCAGACGGCGAGAAGGGUUUGGGAAAGAAGUGGAAGGACUUCAUCAUAAUGAAGGGAAUCACUUUCAAUCCAUCACCGCCGGAUACGCCAGAUCAGAACGGUCUUGCUGAACGUUCUGGGGGGGUGAUCAUGACUAUCGCUCGCAAGCUUCGAAUACAGGGCAAUCUACCACAGAACCUUUGGCCGUACAUCGUUGCUCACGCCACUCGCCUCCUCAAUCGCAUCCCAGUCCAAAGAAAACACUGGCAAACUCCAUUCGAGAUGGUUCACGGUCGAAAACCGAACCUCUCUCACCUUAAAAUAAUCGGUUCCCUAGCUUAUGUCUUGAUCAAAAGCAAGAAGAUCCGUCCGGCCAGAGCGAAGCUGCAAGAAAAUGCUCUCAUGGGAUGGCUUGUCGGAUUGGAAGCAACCAACAUCUAUAAGAUUUGGAUCCCACAACUUGAUCGUGUAAUUGCAUCUCGGGAUGUCCAAAUAGACGAGAAAGUCAUGUAUAAACCAGAGAUUGCCACAGCCCUUCCCGAUUCGAGACAAUCUCUUUCAACAACGAUCAAUGAAAUUGAUCUCGACGAAGAGGACAUGGAAGCAUUGCCUGUCAUGGGGGACAUCACAGCUUCUGUUCCAGUUUCAAUACAACCAGAAACAGAACUACCUCCAGCAGGAUUACCUCUUACUCCACAAAUAUCGCCUGAACCGGCAACAACAGGGGAGAUACAGGUCGUAGCGCAUGUGGGUAAAUCGCCAGGAAUGCCGCGACCUCCGAGUCCUAUAUCUCUUCAUCACGCAUCACCACGGCCUCAAACAGAUGUACCAAACCCAAACACAUCCAGAAAGGAAAGGAUAACGGAUGCUUCAGUGCUCCAGAACCUUCGAACAGCUUCUGGGAGAAACAUCAAACUGUCACAGAAAGGCCAAGAUGCAAUCGAAACACUCAAAACAAGCUACACGCAGCCACAAAUCCACAAACGUGUGCGACGGCAUGCUCACGCUUUGCAACUAGAACGUGCUGAGCUGGGACAACAACUCACCCACGCUUUCUCAUCAGCACGAUCAAUCAGAACUCAUCGAAAACAUUUAUUGCCUCCACCUGACUUUUGGCAUCAACUAAGGCGACAUCCUGAAAAAGAAGGUUUCAGACGUGCCGCAGAUGCAGAGAUCAAGUCACUCGAGGAAAAAGGAACUUUCAAAUUAGUGGAUUACCCGGAAGACAAACAAGUCCUCCCGCUCAAAUGGGUCUUUACCUACAAACUAGAUGAUGCAGGCUAUCUAAUUCGCCACAAAGCGCGCAUUUGUGUCAGGGGUGAUCUUCAACAUCAUACGGGUGAUGAUAUCUACGCAGCAACUGGCGCAUAUAGGAGUUUUCGGAUCCUGAUGGCCCUCGUCUGCGCGUUCGGGCUUAUAUGUCAUCAAAUUGACUUCAAAAAUGCCUUCAUCAACGCCCACAUGGACGAGGAAGUCUACACCACGUGUCCACCAGGAUAUGGUAAAUCAGGAAAGGUCUGGAAACUAAGAAGGGCGCUGUACGGUCUGCGUAAGUCACCAAAGCUAUGGUUCAACGAGUUGGUCACGUUUCUUCAAGGCCUGGGAUUUGAAUAUUGCCCAGACGAACCGUGUAUCCUCAUCAACAAUGAGACCCAUCUCAUUCUAUUUCUUUACGUCGAUGAUCUCCUCGUCAUCGCGCACCAAGAAUAUCUUCAUAUCGUCAAUGAGUUCAAAACAGCAGUACACAGAAAAUACGGGAUUAAGGAUCUGGGUGAAGCAAUCUCCUUCCUCAACAUCAGAAUCCUUCGAGACAUUAAAGCCAAAAAGCUCUGGAUCUCCCAGGAUAGUUACAUCGACAAACUCAAAAUCAAGUUCGGGAUUGACCAGUCGAUGAGAACGGCAACGCCUCUCAUUUCCUCAUAUCAUCCCCAACCUUUCGAAGGACAGGCCACUAUACAACAGAUUACUGAGAUGCAAGAAAAGGUAGGGUCAAUUCUCUAUGCAGCAGUCGUGUCAAGACCAGAUGUCUCUUUUGCAGCCAGCCAGUUAAGCCAGUUUACCUUGAACCCUUCGCCAGAGCACCUGCGGUAUGCAAAUCGAGUUCUCUCAUAUCUCCAGACCACACAGUACUAUGCCAUCGAGUUCUCAGGCUCUAUAGAUAAGGCUAUAGAGGGAGAGAUGGGCGAUGAUGAAGUGCUACAGCUGUCAAGCGACGCAUCGUUCGCGGAUGAUCCCGAGACUCGAAAAUCGACCCAGGGUUACCUAAUGAAGUUAUUCAACGGGGCUAUCAUGUGGCAGUCCUCGAAACAGAAGACUGUAACCACGUCAACAACUGAAGCUGAGCUCUUAUCGCUGUCUCACACAGCGAGGGAGACAAUAUCUCUAUACCGGCUGUUCCAACAGAUAGAGUUCAAUCCUGAACUGCAACCUCGCAUCCUCUGCGACAAUCAACAGACAGUGGGCCUGAUCCAGAAAGAGAGACCACAACUUACCUCAAAGCUAAAACACGUCGACAUCCACAACUUCUGGCUAAGACAGAUCCAUAGAGAUGGCAACAUCACAGUUCAGUGGGUACCAACUACAGACAUGCCCGCAGACGGCUUCACAAAACCUCUUUCAGCAGAAAAACAUUCUCACUUUAUAAAGCAAUUGGGUCUGGUUGAUAUCUCAUUUCGGAUUGAUCCAGAGGACGCUUCACAGGAGAAUAUUGAUGAUGAUAUUCAGAUGUCAUCUGACACAGAGUGA